GUAACCAACGGUAGAAAAGGAAAGUGCGUAAACGUCGUGUGCAUCGUCAGAAAUGCGAAAUUUCCGGCCGAAAAUCGGCGUCGUUAUGUCCCGAUAGUUGCGAAAAACAGUCCGGUGUCCAGUGUUUUCGACAAUGGAUAACUCAAACUCGGAGAGUGUCGUCAUACCGGACAUCUCCGAAGCCGAGCAGCUUGCGAGCGAGCACGAUGGCGGCGAUAAUGGCGACAUUGUCGACAAUGUCGACAACGGCGACAACAAGGAUCCCCGCAUCUCGACCGUGGCGGUUCGGCAUGCCGGCGUUCCGGUUUCACUGCCGGUCGGCAGUCUCAUCACCAGCACUUUCAAUGUCAUCACCCAGGACCAGAUACCCCAUUUCAAGCCGAUGUUGUGCGUCGACAACAACGGCUAUAUUGCGACGGAUGGAACCGGUACCGAACUCAAGACGAUUGUUAUACAGGAGGACAAUUCGGUUUCGACUCCGGUGACGGUGACCACCCCGUCGGUGGGCAACUGGAGCGAAGCGGCCAGCCUCCCCGUGUUGCCCGUGCGAUGCAAAAACACGUCGGCAGAAUUGCACAAGAACCGAUUCGGUUCGGGCGGACGUGGCAGAUGUAUAAAGCUGGACAACAACUGGUACACGCCGAGCGAAUUCGAGGCAGCGUGCGGCCGCGCGUCGAGCAAAGAUUGGAAGCGGAGCAUCCGAUUCGGCGGCAGGAGUCUGCAAACGCUCAUCGACGAAGGCAUCAUUCUGCCGCACGCGACAAGUUGCACGUGCGCGGCGUGUUGCGACGACGAAACGGCAACCGGUCCCGUGCGAUUCUUCACACCCUACAAACGGAAACGGAGAAAAGAGGGCGACGGCCGACGGACGAACGGCGACGACAGCGACCAUCAGACCAAGGAGGAGGCAUGGCAGAGUCUGGCCGACGGCCUCGAUUCUACCGACUACCAGAUGAUGGACGUGAGCAACGUGGAUCCGCAGACGCAGCUUAAACGACUCGAAGAGAUCGCUGUGCAGGUGAACAGACUGUCGGUGGAGUUCCGCAAGGGCUUGGAGGAGAUGAAGGAGGCGUUGGCCAGACAACAGGAGAAGCAACAGCGGGAGAAAGACGCGGCUAUUUUGGCGGCGAGGGUGGAGGCUCAGGUUGCGGCGCUGCAGCCGGAUAACAACGCGGACAGCACGCUGCAACCCGCCUUGGACAACGACAAUCAAAAAAAGUGUGCAAACUGUAACAGAGAGGCAUUGGCCGAGUGUUCGUUGUGCAGAAGGACGCCGUACUGUUCAACGUUUUGCCAGAGAAAAGAUUGGGCGUCGCAUCAGGUGGAGUGUGUGCGAGGAGUUUCGGACGCUGGCCAACAGUCCAUAAUGUUGAUCGUCGAAAGUACGGAUCAACAAUAGUAGUGUACAUAGAGAAAGAAUUGUAUUUGUAUAUAAAUUCGGUUAUUAUGAAUUUUCUAAUUGUGUUAUUGUAAUUUUUGUUUGUAUAAAAUUGAUUUGCUACAUAUGUUGUAAAUAAUUGAUGAUUCAAGAUUGAUGCAGUUUUUCUUCUGAAGUGAUUCUUCUUUACUGUGGAUGGGCAUUUUUUGGACGUUGUAUUUGUAAAAAGAAAAUGUGCCUUGAAUUAUAUUUUAUAUUAUCAUCCUUCAUUAGAUUAACUGCAUCUAUCCAGACAGACGUUACAUAUAUAACAAAGAUUGUCAUAUACAUACGCAUAUUUAUAUGACAACCUUUUCUUAAUAGGUAGAAUUGUACAGUUUUGGUUUGUGUGUUGAGUAACACGUCGAUAACGUCAAAGUGUUUUAUUAUGUUAUAUAAAUCGGUACAUUUCCAAAUAAAUUAUCGUCGAGUAUCAAAAACACUUGUACAACUGAAUGAUUGUGAUAAAUUUUUGGUGGAUUACGUAACUUGUUGCGAUUUCUGAUUCGUUACCAUUUCGUACGAGUUUUAAAUAAAUUUUUUCAAUCGA